AUGGAGCCGAGAGUGUUCAAGGCCCUGCUCCAUUUCAUCUACACCGACGCUCUUCUUGAGGUGCACGAGGAGGACAAGAUCGUGAUGGCUCAGGGUCUGCUUGUCGCGGCAGAUCGGUAUGCAAUGGAGAGGCUGAAGUUGAUCUGCGCCGACAUGCUCUGCAGCUACAUAAACGAUGCACGUACGGCCAUCACUACACUGGACCUUGCAGACAAACAUGGCUGCCGUAGGCUCAGGGAGGCGUGCAAGAAGUUCCUCACGGACAACUUCGCCAGGGUCGGUCCCUGA